AUGGAACGUGGAACACACAUGAAUGAUACUCAGUUGCCACCGAUCAUAUAUUCUUAUAAUAAUUCUGCUAAUUAUAGCCCUCAAUUUGAUGGAACUUCGAUCAAUUCUUCUUCGAAUGACAGAAAUGAUCCGGCAAUGUUACGUAUUAUUAGAGAAGAAGAAUUAUUAGCUAAAGUUCCUUAUGUAAUUGAAAAUGAAAUGAUUAAAUUAUUCCAGGGUAAUACAGAUAAUAAUGGCAUUACCGUUACAUCAAAAUCGUAUCCAUUCAGAGAAUCAAAACGCUAUGGCGAUAAAAUCCAUCAGUUAACCGAAACAACCAACAAGGAACCAAUUUAUGAAAAUGUAGGACCUACAUUCGAGAACAAUGACUACGUUAAUAUGCCAUUAUCUACAUCGACUAACGAUUACACACAGGGUGAUGGUUAUUAUUACUACACAAUUGAUUCUAAUACAAAUAGUAAUCAAAUACCCCAGAAACCUCGUAAAACGCGAAAAAGUAAAAGUCAUCAACACCAAGUAGUAAAUGUCCAACAAAAUGGUAUUGAUAAUACACAGACAUUUACUCAGAAACAAUUAGAACAGUAUUUUGUACAACAACAACAACUAUCAUCAUCCUCCAAUUUCGAUCCACAAUCCCAACAAUAUGUCACACAGUUAUUACAACAGAAUGGUUACAUUCUACAACCAAUGUCAUCGGACGCUUGGACAGCAUUAUUUAAUCCAUCGAAUCAAAUACAGCACCAACAACAACAACAACAACAACAACAGCAACAAAAUGACAUUGCUGUCAAUGAAAAUAGUGUGGAAGUAACACCAGCAACCACUAAUCGAUCCAGCCGUUCACAUCGUGGUCAACCGGUAUAUUUUGCUGAUCGUCUAACAAAUCCUGCGUUUAGCGUUGAUAAAGAACUGUUAACAAAUACUAUUGCAAAUCAAUUUGGUUAUGAUAUUAAUUCACCACAGUUACAACAAUUAGUUCAAAAUCAACAUUUGUUUGCCGCUAGACGUCGUACAUUUGCCAAUAUGGUUUGGCAAUUAACACCCGAUGAAGAAUUAGCACUUCUCUCAUCCUCUUCAUCAUCGACAAAUCAUUUAUCACAAAAUGAUUCAGAUACAACAACCACAAAUCAAAACAAUAAUAAUAAUCAAAUGAAUGGAUCAAACGGUAAUGGAAAAUCAAUAUUAAAAAAAGAAUAUAUCAAAAAUAAACCCCCAAUUAUUCCAUCAACAAAUACGACUGCAUAUAAUAAACGAAAAAAUGUUAGUUUUACAAAUCCUACAUUUUAUGUUAGUUAA